AUGAGUGGUGCAGGGAAGUACAGGAAAAAGGAGCCGUUACGCGUGCCUGUGAUAGAUUUGAAUAGAGUUUCAGACGAAGAGCAGCUGUUGCCAGUGGUGAGGGCAGUUUUACUGCAGCAUGACACCUUUUUGUUGAAAAAUUAUGCUAACAAAGCUGUUCUUGAUGCGCUGCUGGCGGGGCUUACGAUGAAGGACCUGCCUGACACGAGCCAAGGCUUCGAUGCGAACUUUACGGGCACAUUACCGCUAGAAGAUGAUGUUUGGCUGGAGCAGUACAUAUUCGACACUGAUCCUCAAUUGCACUUCGACCGGAAGUGCGAGAAUGAUUCACUGUGCUCUAUAUAUAGCAGGCUGUUCAAACUGGGUUUGUUUUUCGCUCAGCUGUGCGUAAAAAGCGUGGUUUCCAGCACAGAAUUGCAAGACUGUAUCAGUAGUUCUCACUAUGCGACCAAACUGACCCGAUAUUUUAAUGACAAUGGUAAUACACAUGAUGCUGCGGAAGCGGGUGCUACCGUGCUGCCCACUGGCGACGAUUUCGAGUACCUGUUUGAAAGGGACUACGUUACUUUCCUUCCGACAGGCAUUUUGACCAUCUUCCCCUGUGCCAAGGCUAUCAGAUACAAGCGAUCGACUAUGGCGGCCACAGACAAUUCUUGGAUAAGUAUUGAUGAGCCCGAUUGUCUUCUGUUCCACACGGGGACCUUACUUGCCCGCUGGUCCCAAGGCAUGCACACUACCUCGCCACUACAGAUAGAUCCUCGUGCGAACAUUGUUUCGUUGACCAUCUGGCCUUCCCUAACUACGCCAAUCGGUGGUGGAGGCGAGGGUACGAUUGCCAAUCAACUGUUAGAGGAACAAAUCAAGGCCUUCCCAAAAGUAGCUCAGCAUUACUACCCGCGAGAACUUAGUAUUCUAAGAUUGCAAGAUUCAAUGAAGUUUUGUAAGGAACUAUUCACUGUUUGCGAAACAGUUUUGUCUUUAAAUGCUCUCUCCAGAUCCACGGGGGUUUCGCCGGAACUCCACGUUUUGUUACCUCAGAUGUCCAGCAUGAUGAAAAGGAAAAUAGUGCAGGAUGAUAUUUUGAAGUUGCUGACUAUUUGGUCUGACGCAUAUGUGGUGGAAUUGAACUCUAGAGGGGAGCUGACCAUGAAUCUACCCAAAAAGGACAACUUAACAACGUUGACCAAUAAGUCUAGGACUUUGGCCUUCGUGGAAAGGGCAGAGUCGUGGUACCAACAGGUAGUAGCUUCCAAAAAUGACAUUAUCAUUGACGUACCCAUUUUCAGAAUUAAUAAAAGAAGAUCGAGCAAUAAUCUCAAAACCAUUUCGAGCAGCAAAGUGCAAACGAAAAGUUCCGACACUAAUGCACUGAGUAACUCGAGAUAUUUAGCGAAUACGAAGGAAAAUUUCAUGUACAAAGAAAAGAUGCCUGAUUCGCAGGCAAACCUUAUGGACAGACUGCGUGAAAGAGAGAGAAGAUCAGCUGCAUUGCUUUCUCAAAGGCAAAGGCGUUACCAGCAGUUUCUAGCAAUGAAAAUGACUCAGGUAUUUGAUAUUCUCUUUUCGCUGACGUGGGGCCAGCCCUAUACGGAAACAUAUCUAAGCUCCUUAGUCGUGGACAGCUUACAAGAUAGUAACAACCCUAUCGGUACAAAGGAGGCAAGUGAAAUUUUGGCGGGGCUACAAGGCAUUUUACCAAUGGACAUAUCUGUUCAUCAAGUGGAUGGUGGGUUAAAAGUUUAUAGGUGGAACAACUUGGACAAAAUCAGAUUUUCCAAGCUCUUGGAAAUUCACAAAUCAAAACAACAAGAUUGA